CGAUAUUGCGAAGUGACGGUGCGCGCACGCAAACGGACGAAGCUGCGCCAUCAGUCAGCCGUUGCCGUUCAAGUGAAACGGUAUCGCGUCAGUGGCAGCUGAUGCCGCUGGGUCGCGUGUGAUACGUGCUCGUUAUUAACGCGACAGACUCAUCAUUUAUAAAGAUGCAAAAGGACGAACCGGGUGCGUCGGCAUCGCGACCACAGCCAGUGGAUUUUAUCCAAAAGAUUACUGGAGCAUUUGGGAAAUAUCAGCUGUUCCUAUGUCUACUUGUAUUUCUAACAAAAUUUCCCGUGGCAUUUCAUCAAAUGGCUAUAAUAUUCUUGGCCCCUAAAGUAUCGUAUACCUGUGCAACUACAGGCAAUGAGACAUGCCCGUGUGACAAACCAAUUUAUGACACAUCGGUAUUUACCGACACCAUAGUAAUGGAGUGGAAUUUGAUAUGUGAGAGAAAAUGGCUUGCGAGUUUUACGCAAACAUUAUUCCAGUUGGGUACAUUGAUAGGCAGCGUGCUCUUCGGAAUGGCUUCCGACAGAUUUGGAAGAAGAAACCCGUUAAUUGCCGCUGUAGUUAUGCAAGUUAGUUUGGGCAUAGGGGCAGCCUAUGUUGGCGAUUUUUGGACUUUUACAAUCCUACGUUUUAUAAUAGGCUUAUCUGUGGGCGGAACGAUGGUUAUCGGUUUUGUCGUAAUAAUGGAAUUCGUCGGAACCCAGUACAGAGAUGUCAUAUCGGCAGUUUAUCAAGUGCCUUUUAAUUUAGGCCAUAUACUACUGCCAGUUUUUGCCUAUUUCUUCCGAGAUUACGUACAUUUCCAGCUGUCAAUUUCUUUACCUACAAUAAUUUUGUUAUCCUAUUUCUUUUUACUACCAGAAACGCCAAGAUGGCUUAUAGCUAUGAAGAGAAGUGACGAGGCAAUAGCGAUUCUAGAACGCGUAGCGAAAAUAAAUAAACGACCCACCGAUACUGUUCGAGCCGACGUGGAAGCGUACCAAGCAUCUAUAGAAAAGAGCGCGUUAAAAAAAGGCAACGUAUUGGAUUUGUUCCGAACUCCAAAUUUAAGAAAAAAUAUUUUGGCUAUGUCUUUCAACUGGUUGACUUGCAGUUAUUGCUUUUAUGGUGUCUCUCAAUAUGUUGGUCAGUUAGGCGGUAAUAUAUUCCUGAACGUCGCCGCAAGCGCAUGUUUUACAUUGAUGGGCACCCUAGUGUCUAUCCCGUUACUAAGAGUAAUGGGUAGAAGAGCUAUUGUAAUAAUUUUCAAUUUUGUUUGUGCCGGCUGCCUUAUUAUAUUGAUAUUUAUGCCCGAAGGCAUAGGGUCAGUCCUUUGCGCUAGUAUUGGCACAGUGUCUAGCUUUAUUGUUUUUGUUGUGGUAUAUUUAUAUUGCGGAGAAUUAUUCCCAACAGUUGUGAGAAACGCAGCUCUCGGUAUUAGUUCAAUGGCUGCCCGCGUUGGAUCUAUGAUAGCUCCUUUUGUGAUAACCAUGGAUGAUGUGGCACAUUGGAUGCCACCGUUCGCAUUUGCCAUCUUCCCCCUAGCAGCAGGGUUUAUAACAUUCCUGCUGCCAGAAACAAAAGGCUGUGAAUUAAUGACUACAUUAGAAGAAGGUGAACGAUUUGGAAAGAAAGAUAGUGCAAAGAAAUAAAUUUGAUUAAAAAAAUUACGUCGGUAAAUUUAAAGUACGUAAUACAGAUAGCUUAAUGUCAAGAAUUCAUCUCAAAAAUAAUCAAUAUUUUUUAUUAUGUCGAAGUAUUUUAUGUACUUUUUGUGAUAUUUAAAUUAAAUGGUCAUAGUAGCUAUUCACCAUUUAUAUAUAGAGAUGGUACUGUUGUUUUAUAAUUUAUAGUGACUAUUUUGUAUGUUACAGUAAUAGGGAUGUUGACUUUGUUUUAAUUAUUAUAUAAUAAAUUGAUAAAAUACAAACAUUUUGAGUUUUUUAAGACAGAUCGUUAAAUAUUUUCAAAUCGAGAAAAUAAAACACUUAAAAAUUUAAAAGUAUUAUAUUUACAUCUACAAACAAAGAAAAUUAUGUUUUCUCUAUAAAAAAAGGUACAAAUGUUUGUCAGAAACGUAGGCAGUAGUCUACUGAUUGCUUUAAAUGCCAAGUCUGCAAAUUCUAUCUAGAUUUAAAAAAAAAUAGGUUUCAGUAUUCUGCUGCGAUUCUGCAGUGAAUAUUAAUAGAUAUAUUUAGCAAUAGUCAACAUCACUAUUAGUAAUAACAUAACACAAAUUUAUUCACAACGUUUCAUGCGUGGCAGAAUACCAGUAGGAUAAAUAUAGACAAUAGGUCCUCUUUCAGUGGGAAUAUGUAAGCCCCUUCCAUUAUUAUAACGUAAUACUGUAAUAUUAUAACUUUACCGUAAAUAACUAACUAAGGAAAGACUUGAAGUGUGCAUUUUCAGUCGGCAACCAUUACACAGACUGUGAUGAGUUUAUCUUCAUGACUUUACAUUACUAUAUAGUUAUAUAAAUGUUACGAUAAAAUGAUGUUUUCAGUUUUAUUCGACAUAACAAAUGUUAUCUUAAUAAUCUCGAUUUCAAGUACGUAGAUACAUGAACCUAGGACAUUUCACAAAAUUUACAAAGUUAAUCUGGUUUUACACGUGUUAGUUUAGGUAUCUACGUGUUUUAUACCGAAACUAUAUGUAUUACCUAAUAAAAUAAACUUAUAUAGAGUAUAUGUGUUGUCUGUUCCUAGCGAAUCGAUUGUCAGAAAUAUCCAAGGAUUUGAAUUUAAUUUGUGAGUAAAUCCGUACAUAAUUAUUUGCGUAGGUAGUGUUUAUUUUAGUUCAUAUUUUAUAUACAUAUAAUUUUUAGAGUUUAUAAUAGUUCUUAAUUAAUUUACUUUGAAUGUUUAAUAAUGGAAAUAGUAGUAAAGAUACAUAUUUCGAGGGAAGUAAAUUGUGAAGACUUGUGAUUGGUUUUGCAUCGGUACCUUGGAUACACGUGUAUUACACUAAACUACUGUUGUUUGUUCCGUAAAAUACAUGGACGUAAUAUAGGCGAUUUAUUCCGUAUCACGUGUUUUGAAAUUGUUUUCACAUCACGCAUGCCAAUCUCCUACAAGGUCCUUAUUGUCGGUCGUCUAUUAUAUUAUUUUAAACGCUUUUUAAAAUGUUAAAGUGGUUUAUUGGCUGUAAUAAUAUAAUUAUUUAAAACAAUAAACAUCUUUGUAACUAAGA